CUUAGUUUUAUUUUCAUUUCCCUCUAGAAUUAGCAUUGGAAGCUAUCCUCCAAGCAAGAAGUGUGUUACUUGCCAUCUAAGGAAAGAAAGGUGCCAAUAUUACACAGCAAGUUUCAGCGACUAUGCCAAGUACUAUGCACUCAUCUGCUACGGUCCAGGCCUCCCCAUUUCCACCCUCCAUGAUGGCCGCACUGAUGAAGAAAUUAAAAUCCUGGAAGAAAACGAGGAAUUGGAAAAUGCUUUGAAAAAUAUUCAGCUGCCCAAAGAAGAAAUUAAGAAACUCGAAGUGGAUGAAACUAGUUUAUGGUACAAGAUGAUUUUUCCUCCUCAAUUUGACAGAUCAAAGAAGUAUCCCUUGCUAAUUCAAGUGUAUGGUGGUCCCUGCAGCCAGAGUGUAAGGUCUGUAUUUGCUAUUAGUUGGACAUCUUACCUUGCAAGUAAAGAAGGAGUAGUCAUUGCCUUAGUGGAUGGUCGAGGCACAGCUUUCCAAGGUGACAAACUCCUAUAUGCAGUAUAUCGAAAGCUAGGCGUUUAUGAAGUUGAGGAUCAGAUUACAGCUGUCAGAAAAUUCAUAGAAAUGGGUUUCAUUGAUGAAAAAAGAAUAGCCAUAUGGGGCUGGUCCUAUGGAGGUUAUGUUUCAUCACUCGCCCUUGCGUCUGGGACUGGUCUUUUCAAAUGUGGAAUAGCAGUGGCUCCAGUCUCCAGCUGGGAAUAUUACGCAUCUAUCUACACAGAGAGAUUCAUGGGUCUUCCAACAAAGGAUGAUAACCUUGAGCACUAUAAAAAUUCAACUGUGAUGGCAAGAGCAGAAUAUUUCAGAAAUGUAGACUAUCUUCUCAUCCACGGAACAGCAGAUGAUAAUGUGCACUUUCAAAACUCAGCACAGAUUGCUAAAGCUCUCGUUAAUGCACAAGUGGAUUUCCAGGCAAUGUGGUACUCUGACCAGAACCAUGGCAUGUCCGGUCUGUCCACGAACCACUUAUACACCCACAUGACCCACUUUCUAAAGCAAUGUUUUUCUUCAUCAGACUAAAAUCAAUGCAGAUGACUUCAUGUGGAUGCCUUGGAUCAUUUGUUAGUUUUACUUGUAUGUUGUAAAAUACUGGCAUAAACAAACAAAUGAAUAUUGUUCUAAUGACUUAAAAAUUUAGG